AUGGCCAAAGCCUAUGACAGGGUCUCCUGGAGUUCUACUUGCCUUAUGCUAAGGAGGAUGGGGUUUGGUGAAAGGAUCAUUGACAUGAUCAGGAGAACCAUGUCUAAUAAUUGGUACUCAGUAAUUGUCAAUGGCUCCAAAUGGGGAUUCUUCCAUUCCACCAGGGGCCUAAAACAAGGAGAUCCCCUUGCUCCUGCCCUAUUUAUUAUAGGUGCUGAGCUUCUAUCCAGAAUGCUUAAUAUCAUCAAUCAUGAUCAAUUAUUCAAUGGUUUUUAUAUGGAAAGAAGGGGCCCUCAGCUCAAUCAUUUGAGUUUUGCUGAUAAUAUCAUAAUCUUCACCUAUGGGAAAAGGUCCUCUCUUCAGAAAAUCAUGUGGAUCUUGAACAAUUAUGAAAGCACAUCUGGCCAACAGAUUAAUAGACACAAGAGCCACUUCAUGACAUCCCCCUGUGCUUUCUCCUCUGCUGUCAGACGAAUUCAAUCUGUCACUGGAUUCACCAAGAAGUCAUCUCCCCUCACAUACUUAGGCUGCCCUUUGUACAUUCCUGUUUCUCCUCCUAUGACAGUAAUGAAACAAGUGGAAAAACUAGCUGCAAAUUUCUUCUGGGGAAUGGAAAACAACAAAAGAAAGUAUCAUUGGGCUUCUUGGCACAAACUUUGCUUCCCUGUGAAUGAAGGAGGCCUAGGCUUCAGGAAAAUUGAAGAUAUCUGCAAGUCUAUGGAAUACAAGCAAUGGUGGUAUUUCAGAACUACCCAGUCCCUAUGUAGUAGCUUCCUGAAAGCCAAGUAUUGCCAGAGAUCUAACCCCAUCUCUAAGAAAUGGGAUACAGGUCAGUGGAACAUUCAGAAGCUCAAUGCUUCUGCUCCUGCCAACAUGAUCCACCUAAUUAUGCAAAAUCCCAUUUUCUUCAAUAGUAACAUCCAAGAUACAGCCAUCUGGACCCCUUUUACUGAUGGUAGAUUUACUUGUGCAACUUCUUGGGAGCUAAUCAGGAUCAAGAAACAACCUAACUUCUCCAACAAGAUGACAUGGCAUAAGAAGAUCCCAUUCAAGCGGUCCUUUUGCCUUUGGAGAGCCCUCAGGAACAAACUCCCUACUGAUGACAGGGUGCUUUCCUUCAGCAGCCCUACUGUGACAAGAUGUAGAAUAGGAGCAGGAGUGAUCAUUAGAGAUCACAACUCUGGGUUCAUUCAUGCAAUGGCAGCUCCCUUAGGGGAAGGGACCAACAACUUUGCAGAAACUGAAGCUGCCUUUUUAGGAAUCCAAUGGUGCUUGAAUAAUGGGUUCACCAAGAUCCACUUGGAAUCAGAUUCUGCUCUCCUAAUUCAAUGGCUAACCAAAGGUAGAAAUUUCCCAUGGUCCAUCAAGAUGAAGUUACAACAGCUCCUUGAUCUCUACAACCUAUGUGAAAGCUUCAUCUGUUCACAUACUUAUAGAGAAGCCAACUGCCCUAUAGAUUCCCUGUCAAAACUCAGUCAUGAUCUCACCACUAUGACUGAGUAUAACAAUGUCUCAGCACUAACUACUCAUAUCAAAGGACAGAUUCAGCAGGACUUCCUGGUUACCCCUACCUUUAGACAUAAGAGAACCAGAAAGAUUAUGGUUCCUUCUCACCAUGCAAGUUCUUUCACUUCAUCUCAUGGUUAUGGCUGA